AUGUACGAUGGUGUUCUGCCAAAAUGGGGGCAUGCACUAGCAACCCCGGCCUAUAGGCGCGGACUGUGCUCGGCCCAUCGCCACGCGGCACUACGCAUCUGUAGCGCCCUUAGGAUGGUGUCCGACCAGGCCGCGUGUGUCCUAGCCGGGACUCCACCGCUGGACCUGUUAGCAGCAGAGAGGGCCAGUAUCCACGGCCAGACUAUUGGUAGAACGCUGAAUCCUCGAGAGAAGCACGUGUUACGCUUUGCGGCGAAAGAAGCCACCUUGGCAGCGUGGCAAACGCGGUGGGAAUCAUCGUCGAAGGGGGAGAUGGACGUAUCGCAUGAUUCCACAGCUGGACUGCUGGCUGAGGAGGAAGCACGAUUCGGCCACGAGGAAGACGACACUUGCACGCACUGCCAAGGUCAGCUGGAGGAGACGGCAGAACACAUGGUUCUUAACUGUGCGAGACUUGCCGGCGAGCGAGAAACACUGGAGGCCAGGCUGAACAACACCAUCUCAGUGGAAAACUUAGUUCCGCUGAUGUUGAUGUCCGAAGCGAACUGGCAGGCCGUGUCGGACUUCGCAGCGAGGGCAAUGACGGUGCUCCGAGCAGAGGAGCGACGCAGGAACCUGGAGGCAUCAUGGGUCGGGAUCAGCGCCCGCGCGAAGCAUUGCUUCGCUGCCGUACCGCGCGAGCAAACCAUCCCGAUAUCUCGUCUGCUCAUACUGAGCGGCUGCGUGAUCUGCGUCUGCGCCAUAGUGGCCGGCAGUGGAACUAGCCUGGCAGCAGGUAUCAGCGGCACACAAAUCUAA